CCUAAUUGUUGUGAUAAACUUAUUAAAUAGAUGAUGAUUUGUUUUUGAAAGAUCAGUGAGCUGCAUGUCUGACUCAGCGCAUUCGAAUUCUUCAUAUUCGUCAAAUUGGAGGUUGUUUUUGAAACGUGACUACACUUAUGGAACUCAGCCAGGAACAAGUCAAGACCAGAAAACUAAAUUUCAAUUUAAGCCAAAAAAGUCCUACUACACAAACCGAGGAAUCCGCUAUAUCAUAGCACAUGUGAUAUCAUGGAUAUUCCUGAUAGCAGUUGUUUGUAUGGACUUCUAUACGUGUUAUCUGAACUAUAAACAUGGAACCUUUCAAAACAGGUUCACUUUUCUGAGAUUCCCGGGACAACAUGGCAUAUUUGUGACAUCUCUCAGGGGCAUGGUGUAUAUUGGAUACAUGGCGUUUCAUGCUUUCCGAAGCUAUCAGAUCAAGUGCCACUACUAUGAGCUAGGGUAUUAUCGCCCCCAUUUCAUGGCCUCGUGGACCAUGGACGUCGUUGGUGGAUUCACAUUGAUGUGCCAGCUCGUUCUGUUCAUUAUAAUUCCUUAUUGCGCUAAGGAUAACAGGUUUGUUGUCUUGCUGUGGCUGGAGUUAACAUGCACGUUUCUCAUUUUCACGAAUAGCAAAGUGACAUACCGGAGCAUUUUGCUGCACAAUAUAGCGGACAACUUAGCGCCCAUUCCGAAAGAAUUGUCCAUCAAUAGUACCAAGAAGCUAUCCGAACAUGAUUUCAGAGUGGCGGCAUUGAAGAGGCGUCAGAUCAUUCCAUCGACCAGUUACUACCGGGUCUGCCGAAGAGUUGCGGUGCAUGUCAAUCAAAAUGUUCUGUCUGCCCAUGGAGCAAUUUAUAUCAUGGGAACUUACAACUAUCUCUGUGAAGUGAUGAUGUCAGCCGGCCUAACUUCAGACGGAAUGGUAAAAAGUACCGGUAUGUGGUUUGUCUACGCGUUCCUUUUGUCUUUUCUCUUCGCGUGUUUCUUUGCCUGGUUUUGGUACGAGAACUUCAUCCUCAAAGAUAUUGGAACUGUUUACAUUACACCUUGGGUUGUGUUCUUCCUGAUUCUGGCAUAUGGAAGCUUCACUUACACCACGAAAGAACUGGAGCCCUAUUUCGACUAUGAGUCCUACGCGACGGAGGGAGUGCCCAGAUUCGUGAUUGAUGCUUACUUCGGUGACCAGCAGACGGUGCCCAGGGACUUCUUCUUAGGCAUGGUGCUUAUGGGUUUUGUUAUCAAGAUUGUGGUGUGUCGUGAGGUGAAAGCGGAGGCACCUGCGAAAGAGGAAGAAGACGACUUCGCUUUUGUCCGCACCACAGACUAUAGACAUAUCGUAGGAACCAGGGGAGCUGAAGUGGACAAGUCUUCCAUGCCUUCAUUCAGCAUUUCUGUCUCGAGUACAAUCUCUGAGCGUGACUCGACACUCACCUCGAUCACAGCUCUCUUCAACUCAAGUCCGACUUACCCAACUACCAGUGGCAACAUGAACAAUCUAACCACUACUGCAAACUCAGACCCUGAACUGCUACACACGCCAACUACUCAUCGUAGAGCGUCUUUAGCCAGUACGUCUGCCUCUGUCAGCAGAUUGGGCAGAUCUAGAAUGGGCAGGUACUACACCUCGGCGGCGCUCAGUUCCCUCAGGGGAGACUCCAGUCCGAAGAGCUCCAUCUACCUCUCCUACAGACCACCGCCAGCCAGUGGAGGCGAAAGGUCUGCAUCUUUGUCAGCGGGAAAUUAUCUCACCACGGAUGUGGGUAAAUCGUUUCGGAGGAGAGAUCAAUCCAAAAGCCACCAGAAUGACUCACCGGAAGGGUCCCCGGGAGAAGAGAUAAAUAUAUAAACAACAAACCGAUAAACUGUUAGUAUAUUACUGCUAUUACUUGUGCAGCUCUUAUAAUGAUGACGCAGCAAACUGAUGAGGUUUGAGAAAAUUGCAAGAAACAAAGAAAAUCUUUUCUCUUAGUGAAUCUUUAAAAAUGAACAAAGAAGUGCUGAUGGAAAAUCUGCGAAGAAAAAACAAAGAACUUCUGCUGGAACAUCUGUGAAGGAACAACUAAGAAGAUGAUUCUGACUCGUGAUGGAUUGUAUGACGAGUCGAGAUUAUGUAUGAGUAUGGUCCACACUCUAAAAUUGUAUAUUCGCAUUAAGCUCUGAACAAUAAGUGUUAUUUUAGUUUGUUCAAAUUUGAGCAGUCUGCAUUGUUUACCGUGUAAUGAACCUUGAUUAUGUUAAUUUGUAUACAUCCUCUUUCAUGUUUGGCUUAUCGUACGACUUACAGGGUCGGUUGCUUUUUCGAAUUGAA